AUGCAGGCUGCUCUCAGCGUCCGGAGGCACCUUCUCUCCCUCGCCAGCUUGCAUCGGCUUCACGGCCAGUUUCUCAAGGAAGAAGAGGUGCUGGACAAGGUGGAGAUCUGGGCACAGAAGUACCUAUACGCUCACCCUAUCUGGUUCGGAAGCUUCUCAGCAUUCCUGGUUGUCACUGAUCCCGACUAUGCCAAGGCUGUGUUGGCCAGGGGAGAUCCCAAGGAUAACAUCAGCUAUAAACACCUUGUCCCAUGGAUCGGGAAUGGGUUGCUGAUCCUACAUGGGCCAAAAUGGCACCAACAUCGAAAACUCCUGACACCGGGGUUUCAUUACGACGUCUUGAAACCGUACGUGGCCCUGAUGGCAGAGUCUACUAACGUGAUGCUGAAUAAAUGGGAGAAGCUGAUCACAGAUGGGAAACCGGUGGAGCUCUUUGAGCACGUCAGCUUGAUGACUCUCGAUAGCAUCAUGAAAUGUGCCUUCAGUUGUCACAGCAACUGCCAGACCAACAGGAAAAACACCUACAUCCAGGCUGUCUAUGACCUAUGCCACAUGGUGCAUCAGCGCCUCCGCAUCUUCCCCUACCACAACGACAUCAUUUACUGGCUCAGCCCCCACGGAUAUCGGUUCAGAAAGGUCUGCCAGCUCGCUCACGACCACACAGACAAGGUGAUCCACGAGCGAAAGGAAUCCCUUAAAGAUGAACGGGAAUUUGAAAAGAUCCAGAAGAAGAGACAUUUGGACUUCUUGGAUAUUCUGCUGUGUGCCAAAGAUGAGAACGGAGCUGGACUGUGCGAUGAGGACCUGCGUGCCGAGGUGGACACGUUCAUGUUUGAAGGCCACGAUACGACGGCCAGCGGGAUCUCCUGGCUAUUGUACUGCCUGGCAUCUCACCCCGAGCACCAGGCACGGUGCCGGGAGGAGAUCCGAGGGAUCCUGGGGGACCGGGAGAAGCUUCAGUGGGAGGACCUGGGUAAGAUGACUUACAGCACCAUGUGCAUCAGGGAGAGCCUUCGCCUUUACCCACCGGUGCCCGGCGUGUCCCGGCAGCUCAACAAACCCAUCACCUUCCCUGAUGGACGCACCUUGCCAGAAGGCAGCAUCGCUGCGAUAAGCGUUUAUCUCAUUCACAGAAACCCUGCGGUAUGGAAAGACCCUUUGGUCUUUGACCCUUUGCGUUUUUCCCCGGAGAACAUUUCUGGCAGACACUCUCACGCCUUUCUGCCUUUUUCUGCUGGAACAAGGAACUGCAUCGGGCAGCAGUUUGCCAUGAAUGAGAUGAAGGUGGCGCUGGCCCUGACCUUGCUCCGCUUCGAGCUCUCGCCCGAUCCCACCAAGCCUCCCUGCAAAAUACCUCAGAUCAUCCUUCGCUCCAAGAAUGGGAUUCACCUGCACGUAAAGAAAAUCCGCUGAUGCUGGAAAACAUCCUGCCUCCGCCGGAGGGAGGGACCAAGCAGAUGAGGGGACGAUGUUUCCCUGGGGCAAAAGGUGCAGGGCAGGAUUUGGGGAUGAGGAUUCCUGAUUUAUGUGCUUCUCCCACCAACUGAAAGCCUGUUUUGUCCUGGGCCCAGGUAGCCUGGAUCUCGGAGCAGCCAGGCAUGGCCAUGCCUCUUUGCUGGCUUUCCCCUCGCCCCACUGCGGAGUCCAACUGAAGCUGCUGUGAGGGCUGUCUUCCCACUGCAAGGGGCCUGAGAACAUCUGUAGGUCCCACCAGCUUCCUCCUUACCAAAUCCUGCCUUCGCCCUCAUGUUCUGGCCAAAUCCAUGACCGUUCCCAGCCCUGCUCCUUCGUCAGCACCUUCCUCAGUGCCUAGAGGUCAGCCCUCCUCUCCUGCAGCAGGGACAGCCCGUGGCAGACCUCUGUCUUUCUUCUCACACUCAAUAAGUCUCUGUUUUGUUGAAAGCACUGAUUCCAGUUUGGGUUCUGAAAUUCUGCCUGAACUGCAAAAUAUUCUGUAAUUUUUGUGUUAAUAAACCAAUAAU